AUGCCAGGAGUUACCCAGUGUGAAAGUCAAACUGUCCUGGCCAAAGCCAGUCCCACCAGAAAGAACCGCCUAUCUCUACGCUUCUUCCAGAAGAAAGAAACCAAAAGGACUUUAGACUUUGCCGAAACACCGCAAACCGAAAGCCAGAAUGUAGAGGAGAAAGAGCCCGACGUCUCUGACCAAGUAGUACCUGCUGCUCAGUUAUCCCCUCCUGUCUGCUGUGUGAAGAAAGAAAGCCUAGUUCCAUUCGUAGGCUUCAACAACCUCGGCAACACAUGCUACCUGAACAGCAUUCUUCAGGUUUUAUGUUACUGCCCCGGGUUCAAAAGCGGAAUUAAGCACUUGUGUGAUGUUAUUUCCAAAAAGAGGGAGACUUCAAAGGAUGACAAUGAACAGGUGCUUGAAAAGGAUGGUGCGAAGGAAGACUUGCCAGCCAGCUAUGAGGUUAUCUGCAGUCUAAGCUCUUUGGUUCACUCUGCUGAACACCUACAGCUUGGCUUUCUUUUGAAUCCAGAAAAUUAUGACUCCGAACUUGCUGCUCAGCCAAGAAGACUCCUCAAUACAUUAAGGGAACUUAAUCCUAUGUAUGAAGGAUAUCUUCAGCAUGACGCACAGGAGGUCUUGCAGUGCAUAUUGGGGAACAUACAGGAAGCUUGUCAGGCUCUCAAAAAGGAAAGGAAAAGCUUACAAGAAGACACAGCCAAAUCCCAGCCUGAAAAAGGAUCCAAGCCUUGUGAAACCCCAGCUGCCACCUUGGAGAAGGUUCGGAAUGAUUCUUCGUGUGCAGGAACUGAGACUGAAACAAGUGUAAAUGGGAAGAGAAAGAAUGAGAACGAAGUUGGUAAUGCAAAGAAAAGGACAAAGCUUUCCAAAGAGCCAUCUUUGGAGGAGCAGAGGGUGACCCGAUCUAAGAGGAAGUCCGAUAAACAAGAUGACAAAGUGGAUGGUUCAAAAACUGCUAGUGAAGGCUCUGCUUCCAAUCCUACUCAAAAGAAAUCGAGGUUAGGCCUGCACUGGUUGAAGUCUGGCAAACAGCCUAGUAUUCUAUCCAAGUUCUGUAACUUAAGUAGAAGCUCCAGCACAUCACCUAAAAGUCCUCCGGCUGAGCCCCAGACCCAAAUUAUAAAGCCAGAGCUUGAGAAGACAGAGAGAGAGAAACCAGUGAAGGAUGAUGACUGCAAACAAGAGGAAAGCAAAGAUGCGGAGACUUCCCUGGAUGAGUCAAGUGAGUUGGAACUGGUGGAGAAAUUGUUCCAGGGCCAACUGGUGCUGCGUACCCGCUGUCUUGAGUGCGAGUGUUUCACUGAGAGGAGGGAAGAUUUCCAGGAUAUCAGUGUGCCUGUGCAAGAAAAUGAUCCCCCCAAACUGGAGGAGAACUCGGAUAUCUCUCCUGAUCCCAGAAUGGAAAUCAAGACCUUGAAAUGGGCCAUAUCCCAGUUUGCGUCGGUGGAGAGAAUUGUCGGAGAGGAUAAAUACUUCUGUGAAAACUGCCAUCAUUACACAGAAGCAGAGCGAAGCCUUUUGUUUGACAAGAUCCCGGAAAUAGUAACCAUCCAUCUGAAAUGCUUCGCUGCAAACAGCUCAGAAUUUGACUGCUAUGGAGGCCUCUCUAAAGUGAACACGCCUUUGUUGACACCAUUACAACUGUCUCUAGAGGAGUGGAGCACCAAGCCGUCCUCGGACGUCUAUGGUCUGUUCGCGGUAGUAAUGCACAGUGGAGUGACGAUAAGCAGUGGCCAUUAUACCGCAUAUGUAAAACUUGAUGACCUCAAUAACUUUGAACUCAACCAGAUCAAAUUCCCCGGCGAGCACCACGACAUCGCGAAGACCGAACCCUUAACUCAGGAUGUCCAAACCUCCGACGAAAACCACGACGGCGAAACCUCAUUCCGAGCCAAUACCAACCUACCAUCGAAUAGUAAAGUAAAUAAAAAGGGGACGGAUGCCGUUGGACUUCUUGGCGGCCAAAAAAGUAAAUCUGACUUUGAGCAGCUGCCAACACCCAAGACGCCUAAAGCCGAGCGAGUUUCGGACGAUAAAGGAUUAUCCGACGCCAAUGGUGACCUCCAUUUGGAUAGCGAGCAGAAAGUACAGUCUUUUUCAGAUGGACUCUGCUCCAGUAAAUCCGCUGCCCAUUUGUUACAAAUUCUAAAGGAGUACGAGGGCAAAUGGCUGCUUUUUGAUGACUCUGAAGUGAAGGUCACAGAAGAAAGGGACUUUCUGGCUACGAUUUCCCCCUCCACUCAGUCUACAUCCAAUCCCUAUCUGCUCUUCUACAGACGGCUGGCGGAGUAG